AUGGCUAAGAAUACACAGAUUGGUGAUGAUAGCGGGAGAUGGCGGGGCCGCGAGCCCGCGGAGCCCGCUCCCCGCGAGGUGCUGCUGCAGCCCGGGCGCCUGGAGCUGGGCGACGUGGAGGAGGACCAGGUGGUGGCCGUGUUUGUGGUCACCUUCGAUCCCCGCUCGGGAAACAUGGUAGAAUGGUGCUUACCUCAAGACAUUGACCUUGAAGGUGUGGAGUUCAAGUCUAUGGCCAGUGGGUCCCAUAAAAUUCAAUCUGAUUUCAUCUAUUUUCGAAAGGGACCAUUCUUCGGCCUGGCCUGCUUUGCCAACAUGCCCGUGGAAAGCGAGCUGGAGCGUGGAGCACGAAUGAAGUCUGUGGGUAUCCUCUCUCCUUCCUACACCCUGCUGUACCGGUACAUGCACUUCUUGGAGAACCAGGUUCGGCACCAGCUGGAGACUCCAGGGCAUUACUCUCACCUGGCUGCGUUCUAUGAGGACAAGAAAGGAGUGCUCCAUGCUGGCCCCGGGAGAGGCAGCAGCCUGCCCCCUGUCUAUUGGCUGCCUUCCAUCCACCGCUACAUGUAUCCUGAGAUGAAGAUUACACACCCAGCUGGCUGCAUGUCUCAGUUUAUUAAGUUCUUCGGAGAGCAGAUCCUCAUUCUCUGGAAGUUCGCCUUACUUCGAAAGCGCAUUUUGAUAUUUUCUCCCCCGCCAGUGGGCGUUGUGUGCUACCGAGUGUACUGCUGCUGCUGCCUGGCCAAUGUGUCCCUGCCAGGCAUCGGAAGCACUAUCCCCGAGUCCAAACCUUUCUUCUAUGUGAACGUAGCUGACAUUGAGAGCCUGGAGGUCGAGGUGUCCUAUGUGGCCUGUACCACAGAGAAGAUAUUCGAGGAGAAGCAGGAGCUCUAUGAUGUCUACGUGGAUAACCAGAAUGUGAAGACACACCAUGACCAUCUGCAGCCCCUGCUGAAGAUCAACAGUGCUGACCGGGAGAAGUACCGGAGACUGAAUGAGCAGAGGCAGAUGCUGUUGUACUCUCAGGAAGUGGAAGGAGACUACAAUCCUUGUGAAGAGGACCUGUUUGUGCUGUUUUUCCUGGAGCAAAACAACCGGAUAUUUCAGACUUUAUUGGAAGUGUCUGCCAGUCAGGACAAAACUCUGACAGCAGAGCAUGCCCGUGGCAUGGGCCUGGACCCGCAAGGAGACCGGAGCUUUCUCAUGGACUUGCUGGAGGCCUAUGGCAUUGACGUCAUGCUGGUCAUUGACAACCCCUGUUGUCCAUAGGAAGAUUGGCACGGAACUGGCAAGCCACGAACGUGGAGUGUACUCCAGGCUUCCAGUGGCCUCAGUAUUUUCUAAGCUGACACAAAGGAAGACUGUUUCUACUUACCCACAAAUGUAAUUUUUGCAAUUUUCUUUUUUUCCCUAAGGGUAAGAGAGACUGCCUUGGUUUUGUACCCUGCUUUGGUGGGACAUUUGGUAGGGUACUUCCUCUCAGAGAUGCUGGGUUUGGGGCUUAGUCUUAGUAGAUGUGUUACUAGGAGUACAUUGAGAUCUGGAAACACUGGGGUGGAUUCCACCUGCCUGGUCUGUAUGUCCUUGUCUCUUGAUUCGUGCAAGAAUAAGACAACCGUCUGUCUAGCGUGGCCUUAACAUGUUCAUCUUCCUACAGGCAGAAAGUGAUGGAUGACCUUGAAAGGUCAAGGUCUAGGGGUCAGAAGUGUUGGGAUCAAGUCCUUUUUUCUGUUCAUUAGAGCAAGUCUUUGUCUUCUCUGAUCACUUAAGUAGGGACCACAGAGUGACACAACGUAUGUUUCUUAUACCAAUUAUGAGCUCUAGGACAAAAGGAAUGGAGAGCUAGUUUGUGGGUCAGCUGAAAACCUGGAAACCCUUUUCUAAGUCAGUGAAUGCUGGCUACUUGGUAUAAUGUUCUUUCUCUGAAUCUCACCUCUGGAGAUUGGCUGGUGACUUCCUCAGGGCCUACACUGCCCUAGAGCUUGCAAGCAAAUUCAUUUUUACAAUUGAGUCUCCCUACAGGGCUACACAUCCUCCUGUAAUGACUGGGGUACUUUGCAAGGAUGAAGUGGUAGAUAUUUAAACAGGGUAGAGGAGAAGCUGUGAGUUUCUUCUCCAGGACUCCAAGAGUUCUCUAGAACCUUCAUCCAUAGACCCUCUGGAGUAGACAGAUCCACUGGAUUUGGGAUCCAGCCAGGAUCUGAUCUGUUUGAGGUUAGAUUGAGUUGUGUUAACCAGACUGUUUACAGAUGAUGAACAUCUGUCUCUUCAGCAGAGGUGUUUUCCUUAUGCUAAGGUCACUGGGUCCAGGAGUGUAGGAUUUGUCAGCAAGUGUAGCCAUGCCUUCUUGCAGGAGAGUGGGUGGACUCUUCUCGUGUCAGUCAUGACUAUAUCCACUUUCUUAGGAGUUUUUCAAGUUGGGCAGCAUCUUGUAGUGACCUGCCCAUCCUUUUGGGCUGGGUUUCUUGAUGUCUAAAAGCUUAGGUAAGAGGACGGUUGUUAACUAAAGGUAAAAAAAUCAGUUCGUAUAGUAGUUUAGAGGGUUUUUUUUGGGGGGGGCAUACUUAAGGACUCUGGUUUAGGAUCCUGGGCUGUUAACAGAUUAAUUUCUUCUCUUGCCUCCUGCCUUCUGAAUUCUGUUCUCAGAAAAGAAGCUGAUACAUUCAUCCAUGUCUGUGGCCAGAACACAGCCAGGCUAGAUGUCCCCAAAAGAGAGAAAUAACCUUCCAAUGGAUGGGCCAUGCCUCUUAUCUCAGUACUAGCCUUUUACUGUUAAAAGUAUUUCCACUGUAGCACCUUGAUACAGAAUUCAAGAGUGAAGAAAUUCAUAUGUAUAGAAACAGGAAUAGACACUGAUUAAUCAGGGUAGCCACUUUUAUGUAAAUAUAUAAAUAGGUUUGGGCAUUGAAAUGUGAACUGUGCAACUAAUACAUUUUCCUCUUUCCUCCUCUGUAUUGUGGAUUUAGCUAUCAUCUCAGAAACAUGUUUACAAAAGGAAAAAAAAAACACAACUUUUUUAUGGACCACCUUCUCCUUCCUUGCAGGGCAGACAGGGACUUUCUCACUGGGGUUAUCAUUCCUUCUAGUAGUGAAUGAGGCUUGGAGUCUUCUAAUUGGGGCUCCAAAGUUUGAGCCAAGUCAUUGCUUAGCACUAGCUUUGCCUUUGAACAUGAAGCCCUCCUCUCCUGGGGAUGUUAUGGCCCUGUCAUUUGUGAGUACUGUAAAUGGGGAAGGGAUCUGCAUCCCAUACCUUCCAUCCACUCUGCCAUGUCUUCUGUGGGGCAAGGGCAGGAAAAGCCAAGUUCAUGGAUGCACCAAGAGUAGUAAUUCAGCACAGGAACUUGCAUUUGAAAUCAGCCUUGUUAUAAAUCACAUGGUAACCAAAAUGGGAACGGUUAAGAGUUGUACACAAGUAAGAUAGCAUUUGUUGGCAUAUAUGAAGGUUCAUUAUUUAACUACCUAUGUUUUACAAGGGAGAUAAAGGUAAAUUAAUUGCUAGGCACAUCACUGUCUUCCUUUUGGUGGCCAGGAAGAUGGACUUGCUAUCUGUCUUCAUAUACUGAAAGCACUUCAAACACUGAGGUCAAACGAGCCACCUCUCCAGGGGCACCUGGUGUACAAGAGGGUAGUGAUAAUCCUUGUAGGGGCAGACAUCAACCUCUGACAAGAGACAGGGACCUGAGGGACUGUUGGCCUUUGAAGCUGCACAGCCCAGGAAAUGGAUUGAGACGUGCUCUCACCCUUGAAAAGGAGGGAAUGGAAGGUGGAUGUGGAUGAAGAUUACACAAUAAUGAGCAGCUUUGCCACAGACCUGCUUUAGGGUGAGCACGGUUCUAAAAUGGAUAAGAAUGAAUAAGGAGAACUGUGUGGCUCUGUGUGGGCUGCCAGCUCCCUGCCAGGCUAGUUGGAUCUGAACCUGGGACAUGUCUAGCUGUCCUGUCUCUUCCCUUCACCUAGCAAUUACAUUUGAGGGGGUAUCCUGCAGCCCCGUAGGCUCGCCUUGACAGGCCCAGACUCUGCCCUUCUCAUUUCAGGAAAACGCUUUACUGAUUCAGGUAGGGCAGGGGAGGAGUUAAGGACUCCUUUUAUCGACUGUCAUUUUAACAUUUCAUUUUUACUACUAAUAUACCUCUGGUUCCCAGGAGCUAUUGGAGCACUGAGUAUUGUAGGAAAAGGCUGUGAAUGAAGUUAAUGUUUUUCUUACAAGAAGUGGAAGUUUAUUUUUAUAUCGUCCUUACUACUUGAUGAACUGGGUAUGAAGGUGUUGAAAUGGAAAAUUUCCAAGCUAUAACCCUAGAAGAAAUGGGCGGUUUUGUAUUUUGGUAGCAGCUGAAACAUUUAGAGGCUUCGCAUGGCAUUCCAUGUGAAUAAGGACAUUGUGCUGUGUGAUCUUGGCAGAGCUCCACAUCCACAUCCACAGGCCCAGGAAGGAGGAUGCCACACAAACACUAACUUCAGAGAAACUCUAGGACCCAAGAGAGGAGGGGAGCUUCUGAGUAGCAGGCCCCCUCGUUCAACUAGAGGGAAUCGGGAACAGGAGGUGGUUUUCUAGCUAAUUCUUCCAUUCAUUUUAAAAGGCUGACAUUUUGGAGUGGUUGGAUGACAUUGCAAACUUAGAAAGGGAAUGGGAAAUUUUUAGUGCUGCACAGGGGAAAAAUGAGAAUGGGUAAAUAAAAUCCCACUCUCUUCAUUUUAGAAUUUAUUCUUAAAAUUCAGCAGAGGAUGGACUUUGAAGAGCUGGGAGGACCGAAAUUCAAAAAGGUUAUUCAAUACCAUAAUAGCGUAGUGUUACUGACUUUUGGGUAAAAUGCCUCUUCAGACAAAUGAUGAGUUGAAUUUGCUUUCUAAGAGUAAUUGGGGAGUGUGGGAUGAAGUAGGGUAUUAUAAAUUGGACAGAGAUAACCCACAAAGCAAAAAACCCAUACUGAGGUAAUCAGUGUUGGAAGUAUAUUUAAUUCAAAUGAAGAGUGAAGCAAAGAUGAAGUAUAUUAAAAAAUUAGGAAAACAAGGUUUGGGUCUGUCAUGCCCGAACAGUCCUGAGUGGGGACCGUAGGAGUUCUGGGUUUGACUAGCCUGGGUGGGUGACACCAGAGGUUGAGCAUAGAGGUUAACAGAGUGAACUCUUGUUUACCCAGAGCUUGCUGGCUAACAUUUUGUACAGGUCUAGAAUAUAAAUCUUUCCUGAAGACAAGGUAGUUGUCACCUUGGAAACCCUGUUUCCCUAUUUUUGUUUCCAAGUAAGGCUCAGCAUAAUGUCCCUGGUUGCCUUAAAUGUAAAAACCCUAUUUUGAGUCAUAUCCCAUCCUAAGAGUUAAAGCAAUAAGAGAAACUGAAUCUAUUUUUGUUUCAAGUUGUUACCUCAUGUGAUGAAAUCGGCAACUUCUUAAGUUUUGCCCUGGAUGCUACUAUAAACAGGUGCAGUGGUCUUUUUUUUCCCUCUGUCUUUAUUGGCGAUAAUUUAAAGGCUUGAAGAAAGCUGAGGUUAAUCAUAUGGCUAAGAGUCAAUGUUUCUUGAAUUGCUUUGUUUGGUGGUAUAAAUGACAUCUAUGUAUAUCAUAUCUGUAUAUAUCUGAACCAAGUUGUGUGCAGAGGUUGAUAUAACUAUAUUUACAGUAAACAAUUUUUACAAUUAAAGUUCACAUUUUAACAUGA